AUGUCGACCGACGACACAUUGCCUUGGAUCACGUCGCGAUGCAAUCGCCUACUGCGUCCCCUCUCCUCCAAACUCGCGAAGCUACGCAAAGAGAUCCAGCGGCCAUCACUUACGAGCGCUGAGCCGCGCACUGUCUCGUCUGCAUUUGCGACGAAAGGCUCCCCGCAGAAGACGACCAAUUUCACCCGCCCCGCGAACAAACCCCGAGGCUUCGAGAAGGCUACAGAUCCGGACUGGAGACCAGGUGCGAAGCCAGGCACGGGUAAGAAGACGACAUAUGGAGGGAGGGGGAAGGCAAGAGUAGCAAGUCUCCAGAGAGCUGGCUCCCAUGUUGGCAAUGGCUCUCGACCAGGCGAAAUCGCCUUCACACCGCUCAUCUCGAGAAUGGGCCAACAGCUUUGCAGCAGCCCGCAGGCACCCAUAUCGCCGCUACGCAAGUACGCAAAGAAUCGGGGUCCGCUUCUGGUGCCCAUGACGACCAGUCUACCGGCAGACCUCCACAAGCUCGUGCACGGUUUGUUGAAAGCGUACACACAUCUCCUACAGGCAACCGCUCCCGGCGAUGAGAGGAAACGAAAAGGCACCAGGUCGCUCAUGGGAGUUUGCCUAAGGAAUGUGCCCGCCUAUAUUGAGCUGGAAGAACACUUUGCGACGCUAGACAAGCUGCACGAAGACGCCGAGGACGAGGACCGCGACAUUGCAAACGAAAUCUACGAGCACCUUGAGUCCCGUUUCGAACAAGACCAUGGCCGCGGCUGGCGACCUUUCAAGCAGGUUGUCCGGGCUCAUGCUACCACUCUGAUAUGCGACGCUAUUACAGAUGAGGUACUCAGUCUAGAGAAUGCCCUCAUGCUCGUCACACAUUGUGAGAAUGCCUCCGCCUGGGAUGAGGCCGAGAAGUUGCUAUUAGCGUAUGCGCCUCUUGUCGAGUCUGCGACGAUGCCCAUCAACACGCGUGCAGAUCUCUUCGAUGCACAGAGAUCGCCUUACCUGCACGCGGUGAAGAACUUUGCCCAACGAACUGGUCGCUAUCGUUGCCUAUACGGCCUUCUAGAGCACAUGGUCGCACUCGAGCUUCUACCAUUGGAGUGGCUCGCGGCUGAUUGCAUGCGAUCAGUAUGGGACCGAUUAAUUCACACAAUCUCCGAAAACGAUCGUCGCACCAUCGCAGACGCCUACCGCUUCUUCGAGACCGUCGCACUUGCAAGCAUGGGAUUGCCAGAUGCACGGCUUUUCGAAGACGAGGUAAUUGGAUCUAUCUCCCGGCGGUUUGUGCCUUCUUCACGGGUAGAGCUUCGCCAGGCGCUUGACACCACGUUCUCAAGUCUCCUCACGGUGCUGUGUAGUAUAGCGCUCGUUCACGGCGGUCGCGAGGAGGUUUCAGGGCAAGAUAUAGCACGGCGUAUCAUGUGGGCCCUAGACUCAACUGUUAUUGCCAUUGCUACACAACACGAUAUUCCAAAUGAGUUAAGGUUGCUUGAUGCGGACAUUACCGAUGUUCAACUCAUGGCUCAGCGAGGUCUCUGGAUCAACUUCGCAUCAAGUCUGCUUCAUCUGGAAGACUUUCGCAAUAACCCAGCCAUGUUGUCUCUUGAUACACCCGAUACCUUUGAUCUCAUUAAUUGGCUAGCAGCUCAAUAUUCUUCAAGUAACAUCAACUUCGCAUCUGUAUUAGCGACUCUUCCGUCUCUUAUCUCAUCAACAGCACGUGGUACUGGGCGCAUCUGGAAAAACAACGGAUUUGAGCAACUGCAACGCUUAGUCACGGCUCUGAUGACCACAUCGGGCUGCCGUCUACCUCACAAACUAUGGACCCUGAAGCGGCUCGCUUUGGAAUCGGCGAUGGAGUUCGCCCAAGUCACUGGUGAUGCUGAUCACAUGGCAUAUGCACAAGAUAUUGAAAAGAAGAUGCAAACCCAGGGCCAGCUGAUCAUCAUGCAAUCACCAUCACUGAAGAAGGAUUCUCCGACAACCAGUGGCGGUUUCAGAUGGGAAGAGGGUAUUGGCGAGUGGGUUACUUGCACCCCAUUCAUCAGACAAAAUAACAAGCGUCAACAACGGAAACCUGUGCGACCGUUAGAACUCUUGCCAACUCCCGUACACUCCGAAGACGAUAAGACAGACGUCGAAGACGGCCUUCCAGACCAGGUCCCCGACACUCCAGACUGGGAAGCCACAGCUUUUGAUCACGAUGAUACAGUACCACAAUCAUCUCCUAUCAGAACAAGAAAAUCCCAAAAUCCGAGAUCUUCCCUCGGAAAACGCACACGCGCGCCAUCACCAAAGGUAGUCGUUCCCGCAAAACGAUUACAUUCUUUGCAUACGGAGCCUUUACCAAUAAGGUACUUUUCCGAACUCCCAGAAGACCGUCGCGACGGUCCACGACGCUCCCGUCGAUCGCAACAGACGAAAAGGCGACCGACUUACGCAGAGCCCGUGGACUUUGAGCUCGAGGUCGCAACGAGCGACAGUGACGCGAGCACAGACAGCUCCUCGCUGGAAAACGAUUCAGACGUCUCAUCUGCAUUAGCACACGGUAGCAAUGGCAAGCCCACUGCAUCUCAGACUCGUUCUACGCGUCGCUCAUAUAAUACGCGACAUGAUCCCGUCUCUGUGCCUGUUCCCGAUGACAACGACGACGAGACAUCCGAGCGUGACGAACUGGGCAAAACGCCAGCCCGCCCUGAGCCGCGCAAACGCAUCAGUAUAAACAUUCGACAUGUUGCUUCUACUUCUGCUUUGCGUAAACCGCGGUCGAAAGCUAGACUUUUAGUGGCAGAUAGUGAUGAAGGGAGUGAGGAUGAAUUGAGCUUUCACUAG